AUGCGUUCAAUUUGUUUGCUACAAUCGUUCAUAUUACUCUGUGCCUCACUCAAUGAAAUAGCGAGCGUGCGUCUUUUAAAGUUUACGAAUGUGAAAUGUAAGGAUCUGCCAACAACCAAUGGCUUUACGAAAUACGAAUACUGCCAUUUGAAGGUAGUGAGACGCAAUUAUGUGGAGCUAUCGUUGAAGGUCAAUCUGCUGCAGUUACCCAUCACGAAUCUCACAUGUCGUCUGCAAUGCUUUCAACGCACAGAUGGCUAUCGACCUUUUCUCUACAAUGUUCACUUUGAUUUCUGCAAACUGAUGGCAGCCCAAAAGAACUAUGAUCUGUCGUUCGAGAGAUUUAUCUUUGGUGCCAUACGAAUGCAUAGCAAUUUCAAUCACUCAUGUCCCUGGAAAGAGAGUUAUAUGAUGGUGGAGAAAUAUGCCUUGGAUUUUACAAAAAUCAAUAUGCCCGUGCCAGCGGGUGUUUAUCGUUUGGAUUUUACAUUCUACGCUUACGGUAUACCUCGCACAUUGACACAGGUGUUUUUUGAGAAAAUUGAAUGAGUGUGUGUGUGUG